AUAGAAAAAGUCAUCAAUGCAUUUACGCUCGGAUCAUCCAAACAGUGGAUAACACGAUACUGUCAGCAUUACCCAACAACUUUCUCGAAAAUCCGACUUGAAUUAGAGGAUUUCCUUCAAACCUGGCCAACGUCACUAUUGCCAUUAAAGGGCGAAACCUUCCAUAAAAUCCCUACAGAUCCAGAUACCCUUUCUCCUUUGGCGUUUGUUGAUAAGCAUAACUUUUAGAGCCACAAUCAUACACAGAGAGAUAGGAAGAGGCGGCAAUGGCAAACAAGUCAAAGGGAAGAACAACGAUCGAAGUGGGUUCUGAUGGGGUGGCCGUUAUCACUAUCAUCCACCCUCCUGUCAAUGCUCUCUCCUUCGAUGUGUUAAACAGCUUGAAAGAGAGUUUUGAUCAGGCCUUGCGAAGAGAUGAUGUGAAGGCAAUUGUUGUUACAGGGGCUAAGGGCAAGUUUUCUGGUGGUUUUGACAUUACUUCUUUUGGUGGAGUCCAAGAAGGAAAGGCGAAUGCAUCAAAGCCUGGUUUUGUAUCAGUGGAGAUUCUGAGUGACACCGUGGAAGGUGCAAGAAAACCUUCCGUUGCUGCGAUUGAUGGCCUUGCCUUAGGUGGAGGUUUAGAAGUUGCGAUGGCAUGCCAUGCACGAAUUUCAACCCCCAAUGCACAGCUUGGUUUACCUGAGCUUCAGCUUGGAAUAAUUCCUGGAUUUGGAGGAACGCAGCGGCUUCCACGACUUGUUGGCAUCUCAAAGGGACUAGAAAUGAUCCUGACGUCAAAGCCGGUUAAAGGGGAGGAAGCUCAUAAUUUGGGCCUUGUGGAUGCUUUAGUAUCGCCUAAUGAGUUGGUAGACGCUGCACGGCGGUGGGCCCUGGAUAUCUUGGAGGGCAGGAGACCAUGGGUUGCUAGUCUUUACAGGACUGACAAGUUAGAUUCACUUGGGGAAGCAAGGGAAAUUUUCAAAUUUGCAAGAGCACAAGCCCGUAAACAGGCUCCAAAUCUCAAACAUCCUUUAGUUUGCAUUGAUGUGGUAGAAGAGGGCAUAGUUUCUGGUCCACGGGCUGGACUUUGGAAGGAGGCUGAAGCAUUCCAAGAACUCGUGCGUUCUGACACCUCCAAGAGUUUGAUCCACAUCUUUUUUGCGCAACGUGGAACUACUAAGGUUCCAGGAGUUACCGACCGGGGCUUGGUGCCACGGCAAGUGAAAAAGGUUGCUGUUCUUGGUGGGGGGUUAAUGGGUUCUGGAAUAGCGACUGCUUUGGUUCUAAGUAAUUACCAAGUGAUCCUGAAAGAAGUAAAUGAAAAGUUCUUGGAAGCUGGGACUGGAAGAGUCAGAGCCAAUCUACAAAGCCGUGUUAAGAAAGGAAGCAUGUCUCAAGAAAAACUUGAAAAGACUCUCUCUCUUCUUAAGGGUGCUCUUGAUUAUGAAGGCUUUAAAGAUGUGGACAUGGUCAUUGAGGCUGUUAUUGAAAAUGUUUCUCUGAAGCAACAAAUUUUUGCUGAUCUCGAAAAAUAUUGUCCUCCACAUUGCAUACUUGCCAGUAACACUUCCACAAUCGACUUGAACUUAAUUGGUGAAAGGACCAAAUCCCAAGAUCGGAUUGUUGGUGCCCAUUUCUUUAGCCCAGCUCAUGUCAUGCCACUUCUAGAAAUUGUCCGUACGAAUCACACAUCUUCCCAAGUGAUUGUUGAUCUGUUGGAUGUUGGGAAGAAGAUAAGGAAGACCCCCGUUUUGGUUGGGAAUUGCACAGGUUUUGCUGUCAACCGGGUGUUCUUUCCGUACUCACAAGCUGCUUUUUUGCUUGUUGAACGUGGUACAGAUGUUUACCAGAUUGAUAAGGUGAUCACCAAAUUUGGAAUGCCAAUGGGACCAUUCAGGUUGAUUGACCUGGUUGGUUUUGGUGUUGGAAUUGCAACUGGCAUGCAAUUUGUUCAGAACUUUCCCGAGCGGACAUACAAAUCUAUGCUUCUUCCAAUCAUGCAAGAGGAUAAGAGACUUGGUGAAGCAACCCGCAAAGGGUUUUAUUUGUAUGGUGAUAAACGCAGAGCUAAUCCAGAUCCUGAAUUGAAGAAGUACAUAGAGAAGGCGAGGAGCAUGUCUGGUGUGACUGUUGAUCCAAAGUUUGUGAAGUUAACGGAGAAGGACAUCGUGGAAAUGAUAUUUUUCCCUGUAGUUAACGAGGCCUGCCGGGUUUUUGCUGAAGGUAUUGUUGUAAAGGCUGCAGAUCUCGACAUUGCUUCUGUUAUGGGCAUGGGUUUUCCACCUUACAGGGGAGGAAUCUUGUUCUGGGCUGAUUCACUUGGAUCUAAAUAUAUUUACUCAAGAUUGGAGGAAUGGUCCAAGAUGUAUGGAGAAUUCUUUAAGCCUUGCGCCUUCUUGGCCGAAAGAGCUGCCAAGGGAGCUUCUCUGAGUGCUCCUGUGGAACAGGCAAAAUCUCGGAUGUAAGACGAUCUACUUGAUGCACUUUUAACCAUCUUCUUCGUUCUUCCAGUUCCUGCGCUCCGUCCUCGCUGUGAUAACGUAUAAACCUUGGCUUACUAGAUCAAAGGUGUUUAUGUUUCUGGAAAUUACUAUUUGACAUGGUUUUCUGUGUUGUUGGUUUGGUUUAUCUUCUUUUAUUUUUUUCUCUUCCCAAUACUGGUCAAUGGUCAUCAUCUUUCUUCUCCUCUUAAUGCAAUAAAGGCAAUAAAGAUUGUAGUAGUUCAUAUUU